AUGUCCUUGGCCAUCACUGAGAAGGGAACAGCCGGUGGUUCUGCUGAAACAAUUCCAGCUAACAGCCAAAAUAUGCUGAUCGGUCCAGAAAAGAAUGCAACAGUAGCCCCCAUACCAUAUUCCUCCUUUACCAAAAGCCAGUAAAGGCUUAUUGUGUUUUUGGUCGCCUUCGCUGGCAUGUUUUCUCCACUCAGCAGCUUUAUUUACUACCCCGCAAUCACUUCGUUAUCUAAGGAUCUUCAUGUUUCGAUAGAGUUGAUCUAUCUUACAAUCACGUCUCACAUGGUUGUUUCAGGGGUGGCACCAGUUAUCAUUGGAGAUCUAGCAGACAUUACCGGUCGUCGAUGGGUUUAUAUCUUGAAAAUCUCGAUAUAUUGUGCCGCGAAUGUGCGGCUGCCCUUGCAGCGGAGUUGAUUAGCUCUGUUGGUUCCAAGAAUGGUUCAGAGUGCUGGUAGCUCGGGUAGAAACACCCACCGUUAUUAAUAAUCUAUGGGAGGUAACUACUAAAAUAAAAGUCAGCCAUGAUUUCGAUUGCCUAUUGUAUUGUGGCAGAUAUUGCAACUCCUGCAGAAAGUGGAUCUUUUGUUGGUGCAGUGCUUUGUGGGUUAGUGGUUUGAAAUCUUUCGUGAUGAAAUUAACUGCUUGCUGCAGGCCAAAUAUUGCCCCUAGCUUAGGCCUGGUUUUGGGAGGCGUCUUGUCAGAAUACGUCAGUUAGUAGUAGGUAUUCUAGUUUCUCGCCAUUCUCUCCGGAUUUUGCCUGUUUCUAAUAAUCUUGUUGCUCCCAGAAACAUGUCGUCCCAUCGUAGGCAAUAGCAGUAUCGCAACAGAUUGGCAAUAUCAGCCUCUCUUCUCGCUCUUCUGCCAACGCCACAUGAAGAGACCAAGGGAUAACGAUGUAGAACCCCUUCAAAAGAGGAAGUUUCACAUCCCAAAUCAUGUCAGUUGCUUAAAACUUCUGUUCAACAAAAGCACAUCUCUCAUUGUUCUAGUAAACGGAAUUUUUUGCAUUCAAGCUUACAUGUCAUCACUCUUCAUUGAGCUCUACGGUUUCAACAAGCUCAAAGCGGGACUUAUUUACUUGCCUUUCGGGGCAGGAUGUGCUCUUGCUUCUUUCUUCUCUGGUACUUUUACAUCAGUUUAUGCAAGACAACGCUCCUACGAUAGCCUUUCCACUGACGAGAUACAGGUAAAGUUAUGAAUUGGGACUACAAACGGACAGCCAAAGAUCAUGAUUUUGUCAUAGACAAAUUCCCCGGCGAUGACUCGGUUUCCUAUUGAGAAAGCCCGGUAUCGUAGUAUAUGUCAUCCGAUACCGAUCAGCAGUGCAUGCAUCGCGGGUUAUGAUUGGGCACUCCAAACCCAUGUUGUGAGUUCAAUAUGUGCAUACAAAAACCAAAGCUACUAAUGAUUUCCAAGUCUGUUGCAGUUCCGUUGAUCUUGCAAUUUUUGAUUGGGGCGAUGGUUUCUGUGGUUUAUAACGUAAAUCAACCCCGCUUUUACAUAAUGUAAAAUAUCACUCGUUGACUUUUAUCAGUUAUGUGGCACAUUACUCGUCGACCUUCACCCAAGAUCACCCACCAGUGCACAAGCAGCUCUCAAUAUUGUUCGAUGCACUCUUUCAGCAGGUGGAUUAGCUUUGCUCCAAUUGGUAAUCGAUCGCGUUGGUGUUGGAUGGUGUUUCACGAUAUUCGUCGGGCUCUGUCUGAGUAUGAUAUUCCCAGUAUUAGUGCUUCUCAGAUACGGAAUGUCCUGGAGGACUCCGGCCCAUACUUCAAGAUAA